GGGCGGGAGAGGACGGAGACAGCAGCAGGAGCAGCCCCGGCAGCCGCAGCUGGAAGGAGCCGCCCCAGUCAGCCCAGAGGCUCAGUGCAUGGAACUUUGCCCUGCCUGCUCGGAUUCCUUAUGACAACAUGGAAGAAUUUUUGCAGCGCACCAAAUCCAAGCUGAACCGGAGCAAACGACUUGGGAGAGUCCAUGUUGUUCUUGGGAAUAAACCAUGUGAUUUGGAUUCUCUCAUUUCUGCAUUAACGUAUGCCUACUUCCUAGACAAGGUUAGUCCCCCGGAUGUUCUAUGCUUGCCCGUGCUGAACAUACCAAGAAGAGAAUUCAGCUACUACCCAGAAACAAGGUUUAUUUUGGAAGAGCUGAAUAUCCCAGAAUCAUUCCAUAUCUUCCAAGAUGAAAUCAAUUUGCAUCAGCUGAAUGAUGAAGGGAAAUUGUCUUUAACGCUUGUUAACAGCAACAUGCUGGCAAGUGAUGAUAAAAGUUUGGAAUCAGCGGUUGUCAAAGUCAUCAAUCCAGAUGAGCGAUGUGAUGCCAACUUGGGGUUACAGGCGUCUUCUUCCUCUUUAGUAGUAAAAGAGAUUCUUCAAGAGGCACCAGAGUUAAUCACUCAGCAACUGGCUCAUCUCCUCAGAGGAAGCAUUCUCUUCCAGUGUAUGUCUAUGGAACCCGAAAGAAUUACAGAACAACAGGAAGAAAUACUGUCAAUUCUAGAAGAAAAAUUUCCAGAGUUGCCGCCUCGAGAAGACAUUAUCUCUGUUUUCCAGCAGACCCCAUUUAAGGCUCAAGGUUUAAAUAUUGAGGAGGCUAUGUUGAAGGAUCUCAAGGAGCUGUCAGAUGGAGAAAUUAAAGUUGCAGUUAGCACGAUGUACAUGACCCUUGAGGAUUGCAUAUUUCAUAGGAAUAUCACUGGUGACCUGAAAGCAUUUAUAGAUAAAUAUGGUUUUGAUGUUCUUGUGAUUUUGGCCAACUAUUUAUCAGAGGACGAGCAGACUAAGCGACAGAUAGUGGUGUACUCGGAAAACUUAGAGCUAUGCAAUCAAAUUUGCUGUGAAUUAGAAGAAUGUCAGAAUCCUUGCCUGGAGCUGGAACCUUUAGAAUGUGGAUGUGACCAAUUCCUCGUUUAUCACCAAGACAAUACUUUGGUGACUGGUGAUCAAAUUUUUCUAAUAAUUAAAGAAGUUAUUAACAGGAGACAGCCAGAAAUGGUACCAAACAGCAGAACUUCUUCUACUGAAGCUGUUGCUGGGAGUGCUCCACUUUCACAGGGAUCUUCUGGUAUCAUGGAGCUAUAUGGUUCUGACAUAGAACCACAGCCCAGUUCUGUCAACUUUAUAGAAAAUCCUCAAGAUCUCAAUGGCUCUAUCCAAGCCCAUGUUGAUGUUAAUAUAGACCUUGUGAGUCCAGACAGUGGAUUGGCUACCAUUAGAAGCAGCCGGUCUUCCAAGGAGAGCUCAGUUUUUCUCAGUGAUGAUAGCCCAGUUGCAGAAGGUGCUCAUCACAGUCUCAUUCCAGGUUUUGAUUCCUAUAGCCCCAUUCCUGAAGGGGUAAUACCAGAAGAACAACAACCUCAAUCUAGAAACAACAGUGAUAACUUUGAUCUUUUCAGUUUUGAUCUAGCACCUAUGGUUACAAUUCGAUCUGAAUCUUCUUCUCAUUCUGUUGAUUAUUCCCCAGCAGAUGACUUCUUCUUGAAUAGUGAUUCAUCAGAAGGACAACCACCUAUUGUGCAGAAACAACUUGAUGAGACAAAUCUAUCAGAAAAUGACAUGGCUAAUUAUUCAACUGAUUUACUAAUGACUACAAAUGAAGAAGACAAUUUAGUAGAAUUUGAUGAUAGAUUUAGGCAAGAAAAUCCUGGAGAUUUGUCUGAAAAAACUUCAAGUUUGACAGAUUUAGUGGAAGAUGAUUCUUCUUCGCCUGGGGUGUUGAAAAAUGUUGAAACAAGAAUUCCACCAACUCCUAUGAACAGUCUUGUAGAAAGUUCACCAUUAGAUAAUGGACCACCUUUGUUUUUUCCACAAGAUGUAAUUAAAAAAAUUAAUGAAAUAGAUAGUGCAAGCUAUUCUCAGUCACGUGCUAGGUACGGAAGCUGGUGGGAUGGUUUUGAAUUGGAUUCUAAAAAUGCUGAUGCGUGGAGUUCAAGUGAACAAGAAUCUGUAUUUCAAAGCCCUGAUUCAUGGAAAGAUCGUAAAGCAAGCCCAUUACUUCGGGAGCACUUUGAUAGAAGAGCCUCAGAUUCUGUAUUCCUGCAAAAACAACCAAGGCAGAUGGAAUAUUCAAGAACAGGUCUGUGGGAGAAUCAGUUUAACCCUGUCCAAGAUAAACAUAGCUUAGAGCUGCAGAAGAAAAGCACUGAACACUCACAUGGGCAAAGUGCAUCUUUAGAGGAGACACAGCAACAAAUGGAAGCAUUUACUGAUUUGUGGAAGUCCAGUCAACUGACCCCAGUGACAUCAGCUCCAUGGUGUAACACUGUAGGUGAAAGUGGACAACUUGAUGCAGAAUCUUAUGAUGUUUGGACAGAGUUUGAUCAAGAAGAUAGUACUAAGCCCUCAGAAAACGUAUGGAGUAUGCCGAAACUGGACACUGAUCAAACUUCCGUGAGGAGUCUUGAAGCCUGGGCCAUGUCCAAAACUAGUCUUUCAUAUUCUUCAGAAAUCACUGCAGAAAAUGAGUCUGAAAACCCAAACAAUGAAGUAUCUUUAGAAGCCUGGAACAAAGGGAGAGCUUAUCCAGUGGAAGAAUACAGCACAUUUGAAAAUACAAAGUCCAGUAUUGAUAAUGUUCAGAACAAUUCAAAUCUAGCCAUAGAAAAUCAAAAUGUAUUAGGUGACACUAAAUGUAGACCAAAACAAUUUGAAAAUAUGGAUAUCUGGGAUCUGUAUGAAAAAGACAUAGAGAAAGAUGUACUAGAAACUCUGGUUCCAUGGGAAGAUUCUGUCUUGUCAUAUAGAUGCUCAGACUUUAGUUCAUCAAAUGCAGGUGAAGAUUUAGUUGUUUCUCCACCAGAUACCAAUUAUUCAACAUCUGAUUCAUACAUAUCACCUACAUUUAUAGGGGACGAAAGGGAAAAUGAGGACAAGCAUUUUGACAGAGAAACAAUUUUUGAUGGAGUGAUUAACUCAAAUUCAGAUGAACCUAAAAUAUUGGAGGAAACAGAUAAGGAAUCAUUACCACAGCCGUCCACUAGAAGCAUGCCUUUUCUAAGCUUAGGAAACACAGAAAUGUGGGAUGUGUCUCUUAAUAAUGUCAGUCAGUUAAAAGCAGAAAACUCUGAGAUUACUGCUCUUCCAAACACUUGUACAGUUUCACUGAAUUCAGAACAAAUAGCUAGUAAGUAUUUUUCAGGUGAUGAGAAUAUCAGUGAAAGUUAUUCUAGUUCUGAGGACAUUGGAGUCAUGCAGGUGUAUAAUCAAAGAGUCAACCAUUUAUCUCAGCCACAUGGUGGAUUGAAUACCAAACCAACUGCAACUGAAAAAAAUGUAGAAAUAUGGAACAGGGUCAUCCUUGGGGAUACACAGUUAUCUGCAAGAACUUCAGAGAUGGGUUUGGACUUGAAAGCAAGUGACUUAGAAAAUGAGGUUUCAGUUAAUGGGCAAGUACAAGGAAGCAUUAAUAAAGAUUCAGAGGUGAGGACUCAGCUUUCAGAGCCACAGUUGAAUCUGUGGAGUGUACACCUUCAGCAGAAUCAUCAGGCAGGAUGGGAGAAUAAUGGUAUCUCUGGUACUUCUCAACAAGGAAUAGAUGACUAUAAAAGAAUGGAUGAGAUGAGUGGACAGCUAACCAUUAGCAACGUUUGGAACACAACCAUGCAAGAUAACAAAGUGUCACCAUCAGUGUUAUCUAAAUUAUCAUGUAUAACAGAUUCAGAAGAAAGUACAUCAGCAUCUGAAAUUCCUAACUCACCAGAAAAAAUAAGGAACUGUGACAUUUACAAAGCUUUAGAAACAGAGAAAUCAGAAAUAAAUAUGCCCUUUUCUUGUCCGUCUAACCCUGCCAAUCAGCAACAGAGGAAAGGACCUUUGCAGAACAAUGCAGAAUCUUCUGCAACAAGUCCUGAGGAAGAAAGACAUUCUGGAUAUUUAGAUUUCUAUCAUCCACAAAAUUACAGCCAAAGUAACAUAUCACAGUCACUUCCUACAAAUACUGAUAAGGAAAGUACUGCUACAGAGGGUGCAACAAGUCCCGAGAUGAAAAGUGCCUCUAAAAGUUAUAACAGAGGCGAGGAUAGCCAAGAAAAUUAUUCUCCUAUAGUGCCUGAAAAUCUAGAUAUCUGGAAUGACUCUGCGAAGAGUAGUUCUCAAUCAGUUGCAUCAAGUCCUUUGAUAAAUGAAGCACCCGAGAUGUUAAGAGAGGCUCAAGAAAGUUUAUGUGAGGAAGUUCCUAGCAAUUUAGACAUCUGCAGUUUUGAAUUAGGUUUUUCUGAACAUAGUCCAGAGAUAAGUGAUGCUCAUGAAACACCUUUCAUGAGCGAGACUCUGCAGAUUAAAAUUCAAGUGAAUCCCUCUUCUGAAUCUGCUGAAGUGCCUGACAUUACAAAUAUGUCUAUGGUGGAUAAUUCAUUAUCACAUGAAAUGGAUUCUGGGGGAAGUGAUGCUUCUGAAGGUUUAGAAUCUGGGAACAAACUUCCAGAUGAGGAAUAUGUUGACAUCACAUCUCAUCAUGAUUUUCCCCAAAUUCUAGGUGUUUGGAAUUCACACACGUCUGAAGAUACACAGUCUCCUAGAAGAAGUCCUGAGACAAGUGAGGUUCUUGAAAUGACAAACACCAUGAGUAGCCUUCCAGGAGAUACACAAAUCAAAAGUGAUUGUGAAGAAGAUAAUGUAUGGAGUGGUUCAACAAAUGAUUAUACACAGUCCAGUGCCACAAGCCCUGAUAUAAGUGAUGCCUCUGCAAAUGUGCAUGUUUGGGGAAGCAUGCCCGCUACCUAUCAUAGAGAAAGUGAAGACAUUUGGAAUAUCACCAAUGAUAAAUUAGAAAAAGUUCCUGAAAAAGGGGGCUUUGAGAAUAAAAGUCAGGAAGAAUCUGAAGAGAACAAUGAUCACAGAGUUCCUAAAAAUUUAGAUCUUUGGAAUGCACACGUAGAUGAUGAUACAGCAUCCUCUGUCUCAAGUCCUGAAGCAAAUGAGGAUUCUGAAAAUUCAGAGGCACCUCAGGCAGUGAUAGAGAUAGAUUCCAACUAUCAAGCAAAUGAGCAUAAAGUUUCUGAAACGAAAGAACAUGAUUAUGCACAAUCCAAUGCAGUGAGUUCUGAAGACAGUUUAGAUGCUGAAACUGAACUGGAGAAAGAGGUGCAGAUGGCCAUCUUAAAUAAAAACUCUGAAAAUGAAAAACCUUGGAAUAUAUCAAUGGAACAGGAUAUUAUACACUUGAACACAACUAACAAUGGUACAUGUGAAGCUUUUGAAUAUUUAGAUGGUUGGGAAACAAGUCAGGGAGAAUUUCAAGUGAAUACUUUCCAUGAAAAUCCAGACCAUCCACAUGUUUGGAAUUCAUAUACAAUGGAUUACUGUAUUGCCCCAACUUCUACAACAGGACAUAACAAAGAAUAUUCUUCAAAGAAUUCAGAUACAUGGAAUAUAUCAUUGCAGGCUGAUUCUGAAAUAAAUGAAAGGUCCACCAUGGAAACAUUUGGAUUUCCAGAUGACAAUUCAGAAUGGUGGAAUUCACAACCGCAUAAAGACAAGCCAAUAGAAGGGCAAUAUUCUAAUUCAGAUGAUGGUUUAGAAAUUAAUCAAUUAGCAAACAAUAAGCUUGAUGCCUGGGGAGCACCAGUACAAAGUGAAGAACUAGAAGAUGCAUAUCCUGCUUAUCCAGGUAGCCACACAAAUCAGUCUCCCCCUCUGUACUUUAAUGAAGAGAAAUAUGAAAGUAUAGUGUAUUCCGGGAAUAUUCACGAGAGUCAAAUUGAUCCAGAUACUGUACAGCUUAAACUAUCUGAUCCACUGGCACUGGAUAAGAAAGAAAGGGAUUUAAAAGAGCAACCUUUUGUCACAAUUGAUGGUGAUCAAGAUACUUCUAAAAAUCCUUUUUCAGAAAAGUGGCAACCAGAUAUGCCAAACACAUUCGCCCAGGAAAACCUAAUACUUGAUCUUUCAAGAGAUAAUGUGGAUGUAAUACUCAACACUUCAAAUAAAGAUCUAUUUGUUCAAGAACAAUGGAAUACCAGUGGAACUUUAGAAGUUUGCAGCUCCCUCAAAAAUACUUUCAUUGCGAAUGACUCAUCCCCAAAAUUGAUAGAAAAGUCAAGCCUGAGAUGGAAUGAGUUAGCUGAAGUUCCCCAAAUUACAUGUUCCCCAUAUACUUUACAGGACAAGACUCAGGAAAGUAAUCAGCUAUUCUCAGUAGAUCCUGAUUUGUGGACUGAUGCAGAACAGCUUUUCAUUUUGAAAGCUGAUGGUGAAAAUCCUGAUAUAUUAAGUCACUGUGACCAAGACAGCAGUUCACAGGCCUCAAAAAGGCCUGAUGUUUGCCAUGAAUAUGAAGCUAAGCAUGCAUCUUCACAAUCUACUCAUGCUUUGGCUGAGGCUGGAGGAGAAGUUAGUCAGUUGGUUCUCACAAUGUCAAAUAUAAGCAAAGAAGCAGACUUUGAUUUUAAACAGCAAUUAGUAACUCACAAAGUAGAGACAUAUCCUGAUAGAAAUAGUCCAGAAAAUAAUGAUGGAACACAGGCUGAUCAGCUAAUAUCUCCUAAAGCUUUUGAAGCUUCUGAAUUCAGAAAGGAAAAUAUCUUGAAAAAAUCUGAUUUAGAAAAGAAACCAGUUGUUGAACUAAUGGAUUCAGCAGGCUCCUCUGCUGAAGAUUUAGGAAUGGCUUCCUUAAAUCUUAAAGAUACUUGCUAUGAAAAUAAUAAUCUUGCAGCUUCUGUCAAUGUUUGCUCCCAGAGACAUUUAGUUGCCACUGCUUUCUUUCCCCUUGAUAAUUUGGAAGAAAGCAUAAAAGAUCUGAGUGUCUCAGCUGAAACUGGCCAAAUUCCUGCUAUUGACCAUACAGCAGUGACUAUUGAUAAAGUAGAAAUAUCAGACAUGUGUGUUGAUGGGAAUGAGACUGGUAUUGAAAAUAGCUCCAAUACCUCAAUCACUAACAUCCAGUCAUUAGGUGAAGUGAGCAAACUGACAAUAUUAGACAGUAAACACAAAGUAGCAGUAGAAAGGGAUGCAACUGAUGAACAAACACUCUUCUUAAAAACCUCAUUGGAUGAUAAUGAUAGAGAUGCUGCAGUUAGUCAGCAUGCUGACAGUGUAGUAAAAGAACCUGAAAAUGUGCUUGAGAGUCAUAAUCCUUGGUUUAAAGAAACACCUAAUGAACAGUCACCAGUGGUGUACUCUUCUCCAUCUGAUGUAAAGGAGAUUUCAUUAAAGCAGCAGUUUUCUGGCAAUGUUUCAGUGGAAAUGCCAUUAUCUCCACUUACGCCUCAAAAAGAUGAAAUGGGCUUUUUAGAGACCAAAGACAGCAUUACCAAAGAUCAGUCAUUUGACACAUUUGCAGAGUGCCACCAGGAAGACCAUGCAUUGGGAUCUUUACCAUUAGAGUCUGAAGUGAUGCCUGAAUCCUCUGAUACCUCGAAAGGAUUAGAACAUGAAGCAGAAACAAGUAAUACUGAUUCACCAGCAGGUGGAGUCACAGGAUCACCCAAUGAAGCUGCCAGUGACCCCCUUUAUACUGAGGGGAAUGGAAGAAAUUCCACUGAGAGCCCUGAACUGACAAGUACAGAGAGUAUGGAAGAUAUGAGGACACAGGUGAACAAAGAUCAGACUGCACUAGAGAUGGAUUACAUUCUUGUUACUGCUGAAGAAAAUGGAUCUGUGAAGAAGGAUAUCCUUGAAACAAAGGAAAGUGAUUUUGCAUUUCGAAAAGCUAAUGUGGCUGAACAAACAGAGUCUCAUGAAGCCUUUUCAGCAGGCUCCUCGGAUAUGUUUCAGUCAAUCUCCAUAAUAAAUGAAAGUAAAGAGCAAUCUUUUUUGAGUAGUGAAUGGGGUUCUUUUCAUUUAGCAGAGAAAAGUCCUUCUGUUUUGCCUCAAAGACUGGGUGAUGAAAAGAGAUCCCCUGAAAGCCCUGUGCAAGAUCACGGUUGGACAGUGCUGGGCAAAAAUGAAGCCAGUGAUAUAUCACCUGAAGACAUUUCAAGCAGGACAGAAACAAUGGACUCAGGGUCUGGACAUUCUGUCAAAGAACUGGAAACAGUUUUAGACCAGGAGUUGAUCCAUGACAAACAAUCUGGAGUUCAACUAAAAAAAACCCCUCACAAAUCAUUUGAACAAGAGGAAUAUUCUCCCUUAGACAGUCUGAUGAGGGAGGACAAGAAUUCAAGCAUCAUAAGGACAGAUGCUCUUUUAUUGCAGGUUGUUGGUGGUCAUGGUAUAUGGGAAGUGCAAUCACAGCAGCAUCCUGGAGAUGGCAUGGUAACUGAACAAGAAAUGGAGGAGGAAACAGAGUUUCUCAACAGUGAAAGAGAACUAAAUCGAGUAUCAGGAUUGGUACCAGAGGAUGUGGGAAUGGACAUCCCCUUUGAGGAGGGUGUACUAAGUCCUAAUGCUACAGAGAUCAGACCUGAGCCACCUAAUUCUCUGGAUCUUAAUGGCUCCCAUCCCAGAAAGAUAAAGCUCACUGCUCCAAACAUCAACCUUUCUUUGGACCGAAGUGAAGGGUCUGUCCUUUCUGAUGAUAAUCUGGAUACACCAGAUGAAAUUGACAUCAAUGUAGAUGACCUUGACACACCUGAUGAAGCAGAUUCUUUUGAAUACACUGGAAAUGACCUCUUUGAUGUCCACCAAAAAAAUAAAAAAGAGGAGGAACACUUGAUAAAAGGGAAAAAGUUGAGAACAAUGCAGCCCUAUUGUUUUCCUUCUCUGCCCCCUCCCUCGACAAGCACUGAAGACCAAGCACCUGUUAAGGAUGUUUUCCAAGAAGAGUCUGAAUCCAUUCCAGAGUAUACUGCUGAGGAAGAGCGACAAGACAACAGGUUAUGGAGAACGGUAGUGAUUGGCGAACAGGAGCAGAGGAUUGAUAUGAAAGUCAUUGAGCCUUACAAAAAAGUUAUUUCUCAUGGAGGAUACUAUGGUGAUGGUCUAAAUGCCAUCAUUGUGUUUGCUGCAUGUUUCCUGCCAGACAGCAGUCGAGCUGAUUACAACUAUGUCAUGGAAAAUCUUUUCCUAUAUGUAAUAAGUACCUUAGAGCUGAUGGUAGCUGAAGACUAUAUGAUUGUUUACUUGAAUGGAGCAACACCACGAAGAAAGAUGCCUGGAUUUGGCUGGAUGAAAAAAUGUUACCAGAUGAUUGAUCGACGGUUAAGGAAGAAUUUGAAAUCAUUUAUAAUCGUUCACCCUUCUUGGUUUAUCAGAACUAUUCUAGCAGUGACGCGACCUUUUAUAAGUUCAAAAUUCAGCAGCAAAAUCCAGUAUGUUGGCACAUUGGCAGAACUCAGUGAUGUGAUUCCAAUGGAAUAUGUACACAUACCAGAGAGUAUUGUCAAGUAUGAUGAAGAGAAGUGUUUUAAGAGAAGAAUGAGACUGGAUGAAGAGCUGAGGGAAGCAUCAGAAACAGCUAAAACUAGCUGCCUCUCAAAUGAGCCAGAAAUGACUUCUAUGGAGCAGGAACUUGAUGUGACGCUGCAAAAAGAAAAACCAUAACUUCCAGGCACUCGAAGAAGAGGGGUUGUCUGGAUUUGUCUCUCUGACGCAGAAGGCCAUGGAGGAAGGGGCAGUUUGGUUCAUUUCCUUUAGUUUUAUGAUUAGCUCCGUGCUGUUCAGAAUUUCUGAAGAAAGCUAAGGGCCCGACCCUGUUGCCAUAGAGGCUGCAGGCUUUGGCUCUCACUUUGUAGAUUAUCUUCAGAGGUAUCGUUUGCAAUAAGAAAAUGGAUUUAGCAUUGUUUUAUGUAACUGUGUAUAUUUUUAAUUUAAAAAUAUCAGAGUUAACCAACAAUGUGCCUCAUGGGUAAUUCAGUGGAACCUUCACAAGGGAGUAGUUAUGUUUUGUCUUCAGUAUUUUAACAUUUAUGCCUAUCUUAACAAAGUGAUAUUAUUACAAUAAACACUUAGCUUAGUUUGUUUCACAGAUUAGCUAUAACACUACUGUUUAAAAUACUUCUAGAGAAGCUGCAUAUUUUUCUCUGACUGUGUUGAUAGCUCUUGCUGUCUGUGAAACGCUACUUGUUCAGGUUGUGCUACUGAUAACAUUACAUAAUCAUUUGCUUGGCCAGAGAGAAGCCUAAUUUUUUAAUAAAUAUUUGAAUUAUUAACGAGAUUUCUCAGAGAGAAAAUAACUAAUUGAAAGUUUUAUUUUAGUAAUUGAGUUCAGUGCUUUUAUUUUGUAAUGUCAGUCUUUUUUUUAAAGUGAUUAAUAUUCUAAAUGAUUAUCUCAUGAUCUAACAGUGUUGGAAAAAUUAAAAAAAGCAAACUCAGUAUAUCUAAAACUGUGAUAAUUCAAAACGGCAUCUUUAGCUCAAGUAAGACAGGCUGAUUAUUCCAGGUUUGUAGUAUUAACACAGAAAAUCCUCAAAGUGCUAAAUAAAAUAUACAAAUCUAUAGCGUGGUGCCAUGAUCAUUCAAUGUAUUUAUCAAAAUAGUCUGAGAAUAUAUUUUAUAUCAGUAAAGUAAUGAUUGAAAAGCAAUUUGAGUUAUGUAGCAAGAGAACUCACCAGAAAAUAACCCCCACCCCCCAAAAAUAACAUUUAUUCACAGCUGCUAUAUCACAUUCUGGUAUGUAAGACAUUACAGCAUGGCCGUGUGCUAAACAUGGGAAAUACUUGCUGUGGUGGUGAUGGGUAAAUGUUGAUUUUUUCUAAUGGUGACCACUGUAUUUGCAUAACAGAAUGCAGGGCCAGCCUUAGGAUUUAUGGGGCCCUAUACAGUAUUAUUAAACUGGUGCCCCU